AUGAGAGGGAUUAUGAGGUUUGGAAAGAAGGGCCAGUUGAGCCCUAGAUACAUCAGGCCAUUUGAAAUUCUUGACCGGAUUGGACCAGUGGCUUACAGAGUAGCACUACCACCAGCACUCUCAGGGGUACACAAUGUAUUUCACGUAUCUAUGCUGAGGAAGUAUAUACCUGACCCCACCCACAUUAUCGAUUAUGAGCCUCUUCAACUUCAGGAAAAUCUGACUUAUACAGAAGAGCCGAUACAUAUUAUAAAGAGAAAAGAGCAAGUAUUACGGAAACAGACUAUUUCGUUGGUUAAAGUGGUAUGGAAUAAUCACACUACUAGUGAAGCCUCUUGGGAAUUAGAAGAGGAAAUGCAAGCCAAGUACCCACAGUUGUUCGUUAAUGAUCUUGAUAACUUGAGACAAAUUCCGAGGACAGAAUUUUUAUAA